UUAACGUCAGCACAUAUAAACCUGCAAUCUUUCACUGACAAGAGGGUAACUGUUUUGUUACUAGGUAGCGGUCAACAGUCAGUGACUGGAGUGGAAGUGUCAGAUGAUGCUAACAGCUACUGGCGGAUCAGGGGCAAAAUUGAUGGGUCCUGCCAACGAGGAGUGCCAGUAAAGUGUGGGCAGGCAGUACGCCUUACCCAUGUCAACACGGGGAAGAACUUGCACACCCACCACUUCCCAUCACCCCUCUCCAAUAACCAGGAAGUAAGUGCCUUUGGCGAUGACGGCGAAGGGGAUGAUUUGGAUGUGUGGACCGUACAAUGCAGCGGAACAUACUGGGAGCGGGACGACACGGUGCGCUUCAAGCACAUUGGAACGGAUGUGUUCCUUUCAGUGACAGGGGAACAAUAUGGGCACCCAAUCAGGGGUCAGCGGGAAGUCCACGGGAUGCAUUCUGCUAAUCAUCACAACUACUGGAAGGCGAUGGAAGGCGUUUUCAUUAAGCCCAGCUUGGACUCCACAAAGCAUGAUGAGCUCUGAAUGUGUGAAGGGGUUCUGAUGAGUGUUUCCUCCGUAAAUCCCUUCCUUGAAAGCUCAGCAUCUUAAAGGCGUUGAGAUACCUUUGGAGGACAAUGUCUCCCCCUUAAUUCAGAAUGAUCUGAAUCGGAUUGGUGCCCGUUCGUUUGCAGAAGCCAUUUCCUGUCCCGCCUCAUUCCUUUUUUCCCCUUUUCCCUGAACUAAGAAAAAAUGAUUCGCUGUGUAUAUUCUUAAUUCCGAGGGGCAAUAAAACUUAACUUUUGUAAUUCUUUCUCA